AUGAAGCGGAAGUACUAUUUGCUUAUAUUUACUGCAAUGGUGUUGUACAGUUUUUAUGCAAAUCUUCAGUUUAGACUUCACUUAUCCAAAGGGUUUACAAAGAGAUUUAUUCCAUUGUCAGAAAAUAAAUGCAUGGAAUCUGAGAAGAUCUAUUUUAAACCAGACAUGGAACAAGUCUCCUUGCAAUUUGGGGAUUCCCCCCUGGGACCUGCUACCACAACGUCCAGCCGACACAGAUCACAGCAAUCGCAAUCACAUUUUAAACAACCUUGUGGGAAGCUGCACUUGCGUCCUGAGCUUGUGAUUAUUGUGGCUUUUGUCAGCUGGACGUUGUGGUCUGAACUUGAAAAUUGUUGUAAUGCUACUGGAAGACUAAUUGUAACUCAAGAGAACACUCAGAUUGGACAUGUUUUUAAUUAUGAAUCAAAAGAAAAGAAAACUAUCACUGUAAAUGAAGACAUCUUUCAAAUGCUUCCAAAAAAAUCACCAUUCCCAAAGAAACCAAUUAAACAAUGUGCAGUGGUCGGUAAUGGGGGAAUAUUAUACAAGAGCUCUUGUGGUUCUGAAAUUGAUCAAGCAGAUUUUGUGUUCAGACUCAAUUUGCCUCCACUGAUACCAGAAGAGGACACUGGCAGAAAAACAGAUGUUGUAUCUGCAAACCCAAGUAUCCUAGAACACAAAUUUCAAAGUUUAACAGAAAAGAGAAAGCCCUUCAUUGACAAGAUUAAUACUUAUGGUGCUGCCCUUAUACUGAUGUCAGCUUUCUCAUACACUGGCAACACAGCAAUAGCUUUUAGGGUACUGCAUUCUUUGGAAGAUGUUGGCUUAAACGAGAAGGUCAUCUUCUUUCAUCCAGAAUAUAUAAAAAACUUGCAUCUUUACUGGACGAAGAGAGGAAUUCAAGUUAAGCGUCUUUCCUCUGGAUUCAUUUUGGCAAAUGCAGCCCUCGAGCUUUGUGAGAAAGUGAAACUUUAUGGUUUCUGGCCCUUUUCUAAAGAUCUAAAUGGAAAUGAAAUUACACAUCAUUAUUAUGACAAUGUGCUUCCAAAUACAAGAUUACACUCUAUGCCUGAUGAAUUCUUUUACUUUGUUCAAAUGAACACACAUAGAUCUGUUUAUUUGAAGGUUGGAAAUUGUUAA